UGCGCUCAAUGGUUUGGUUAUUGAUAAUUAAUUAUUGCAACUAUUUUACAUAAAACAAAUAAGUGUCAAAUAAUUAUUCUAAUUCACAAUGAUUUUAUAACUUUACCACUAAUGAUUUCUGUUUUUUUAGUAAGACAAGUAGACUAAGUAUUUAAUUUGAAUUUUUAAAAAUAUUAAUUAUUUAAAAAAUGGGUCUAACUAGUGACAGUGAAACAGAAGUUGUUUAUAUAAAAUCAGAGAUUCCUGAAAUCGAAGAUGAAACUGAAAAAAUUGAUAAUGAUAAUAGUGCUCUGAAUCAAAAAGAUGAUCAUUGUAAGAUAAGUGAAAAUAAUGACGGUGGUACCGAUGGUGAUGAAGGUGAAAAUGAUAAUGAUGAUGAACCUGAUGAUGAUAUAAGUUUUUUUGAAAAAAAACAUUCAAAUUUAAAACAUAAAUGUACAUUUGAUGGUUGCGAUAGAUCAUUUAAAAAACCAUCACGGCUACUGUGGCAUCUUCGUCAACACACUGGAGAAAGACCUUACAAAUGUAAUUUUGAAAAAUGCAACAAGAGUUACACGACAUCAUCCCAUUUAAAACGACACUUAUUAAGUCACAAGUCCAUUCAUGAAGCUGUUGUUACAAUAAUUUUGUAUAGAUGCGGCUCAUGUAACUUGACAUUAAAAAGCCGUGAAAAUCUAGUAAAACAUUAUCGACGAGUGCACGGAAACAAAGACCGUUUGUCUUGUGAUGAAUGCAAAAUAAAUUUUCGUAAAAAAUACAGAUACGAUGAGCACAUGGCAUUUCACAAAGGCCAGUUGUUGAAGUGCAAGUACUGCGAGCGUGACUUUCAAAGCAUAUCUAGAUUACAUAGACACGAAAAGUCACACGGUGUCAAGUAUGAAUGCCCUAAGGCGAAUUGUAAUCUAAUAUUCGACACUUUCAUUCAAUUACGAAAACAUUCUAAGGAUCAUCCAAAAGAACAUAAAUGCAAUGUAUGUAAAAAAACUUUUUUACUUAAAAACCAGUGGAAAAGACAUUUAAAAACCCAUGAAGGAAAACUUAUCGCUUGUCCAUACGACGAGUGUAAUAAAAGUUACUGUCAUUCAAAUCAACUGAACUAUCAUAUUAGGACGAAGCACGAAAAGAAUGUACUGUUCGAAUGUGAUUUAUGUAAGAAAACAUUCACAUUUAAAUCGGUACUGAGCAAACAUAUACAAGCGAUUCAUGUAAAUGCAAAGGUGAAAGUAUAUAAAUCCGGUGAUGAAAGAAGGGAGAGACAUGAUGCUGGAGAACCUAUUCGAAGUAUGCCGUCAACAUUAGUAGGAGUUUUAUUGCCGCGUAAAAUAGAAAAUAUAAUAUUAAAUCGUAAGAGCAGCAUUGAAGUGUCAACUGAAGAUUUCGACUCCGUUGACGUUUAAAAAACUCUAAUUAAUGGCAGUAUUUAAAUCAUUAAUUUAUAUUUAAUAUUAUAAUUAUUUACAAAAUGUUUUAUUAAUAAUAAAUUUGUAUAAAAUGA